UUUCAGAGUAGCUGAUUUGCGGACAUGCAGAUGGAGUCCAUCUCAAAUUCGAUGUUUUCUUACGUCCUGAUUUCGUUUCUCAUGAUCCGAUCCUGCAAUGGAACCGAUAGAAUCAGCCAAAACCAAACCAUGGCCGAUGGUGAGACUCUGGUCUCCUCAGGUGGAACUUUUGUGCUGGGAUUCUUUAAACCCCCAGGUUCCACUAACCGAUAUCUGGGAGUAUGGUACAAAAGAUCUCCUGAAACGAUUGUGUGGGUUGCAAACAAGGUAAGUCCACUAACAGAUUCAGAUGGAGUUCUAACAAUCCACAGUGAUGGAAAUCUUGUACUUCUCAAUGGAACGAAAAGGAUCAUCUGGUCAUCGAAUUCUUCUUCGGCAGAUGCUCAAAUGAACUUGGUCGCAGAGCUCUUGGAUUCUGGAAACCUUGUUCUCAAAAGACAAGAUGAUCUUAAAGCAGAAAGCUAUGUAUGGCAGAGCUUUGAUUUCCUAACUGACACACUUCUUCCUGGAAUGAGGAAAGGAAUAAACUUGCGGACUGGCAAAACUUGGUACUUGACAUCAUGGAGGAAUCAAAGUGACGCUUCUCCUGGAGAAUUCACUUACAAACUCGACAACGUUGGGUUGCCUCAGUUUGUUCUUCGCAAGGGAUCAGAGAAGAAGUUCCGCACUGGGCCGUGGAAUGGAGAGCGAUUUAGUGGUUCUGAUGUGAGGAGCAGCAGUUUUAUUGCGCCUAUUUUUGUUUAUAAUGAUACAGAAAUAUAUUAUACGUAUGAAAUGACGGAUAGUUCAGUACUCUCGAGGGUAACGUUGAAUGAGUCGGGCAUGAUUCAAGCCUAUAUGAUGAAUAAAGGAAGUUCUGAUUGGAUACUCAUGUAUAAGCUGCCCUAUGAUAUGUGUGAAGAAUAUGGUAAGUGUGGUCCUAAUGGCAUUUGCAGGAUCAAUAGUAAUCCAAUUUGUCAGUGCUUGGACGGAUUUGUUCCAAAGUCAAAAGGAGAUUGGGAUGUACUAAUUUGGUCUGGUGGAUGCAAGAGGAGAACCCCCUUGGAUUGCAAGUCAGGAGAAGGCUUUUUAAAGCUUAAAAAUGUUAAAUUGCCAGACCUCUUGGACUUUCGGCUGAGUCAGAGCAUGACCACUCGGGAAUGCGAGAGAGAAUGCCUGAAGGAUUGUUCUUGUUUUGCUUUCACAGACUCUAAUAUUACCAGCGGAGGUAGUGGCUGUCUGAUGUGGUUCGGUGACUUAAUUGAUAUUCAAGAAUAUGAUGACAAAUAUAGCGAGCAAGACAUAUAUCUACGGAUGCCAAAAUCAGAAUUAGAUGCAAUCGAAAAUCAGAACAAGAAAAGAGCAUUGCUUAUUCUAGUGAUUCCAACAGUUUUUGGAGGGAUACUUGUCCUUUGCUUCGUCAUAUGCUGCAUGAUCAGGAGAAGGAAGAAGAAAAGAGGUAUCAAAAAAAGCAAUGACGACAUAGAGUUGCCAUUGUAUCAAUUGGAAGCUGUGACUUUGGCUACUAAGAGCUUCUCCUUCUCCAAUAUAAUUGGAGAAGGUGGAUUUGGACCUGUUUACAAGGGUCGAUUGGAAACUGGGGUAGAAAUAGCAGUGAAGCGACUCUCACAAACCUCUAGGCAAGGUCUGGGAGAGUUUAAGAAUGAAGUUAUUCUGAUCUCCAAACUUCAACACCGAAAUCUUGUGAGGCUUCUAGGCUGUUGUCUUGAUGGAAAUGAAAGGAUGCUAAUCUAUGAAUACAUGACCAACAGGAGCUUGGACUAUUUUAUCUUCGAUCAGAGUAGAAAAAAGUUGCUUACUUGGAAAAAUCGCUUUGAGAUUGCCCUGGGAAUAUCAAGGGGACUUCUUUAUCUUCACCAAGACUCCAGAUUAAGAAUUAUCCACAGGGAUCUCAAGGCUAGCAAUGUUUUGCUAGAUAAUGAGUUGAACCCAAAAAUUUCUGACUUCGGCAUUGCUAAGAUUUUUCGAGGAGAUCAGACAGAAGGCAAGACAAGGACGGUGAUAGGAACAUAUGGCUACAUGUCCCCUGAAUAUGCAUUUUCUGGGACAUAUUCAGUCAAAUCUGAUGUAUUCAGUCUUGGUGUGCUCUUACUGGAGCUUGUGAGUGGCAGAAGGAAUAGGACACUUGACCAUUCAGAUCAGCAUCAGAGUCUUUUAGGGCAUGCAUGGCUGUUGUGGACUGAAGAUAAGGCCUUGCAGUUAAUGGAUGAGUGCUUGAAGGAAUCAUCUGUCGAAUCGCAAGUGUUGAGAUGCAUUCAGGUGGCUUUAUUGUGUGUUCAGAAACAUCCAGAGGACAGGCCGACAAUGGCAGCAGUCGUCAUCAUGUUAAGCAACGAGACUGUGUCAUUACCUCAACCAAAGCAUCCUGGUUUCUUCUUAGAAGGCAAUUAUGCAGGGGUGUCUGAGACAUCAACUGAGGAAAGAUUAAGAACUUUAAAUGCAGUGACCAUAACUCAACUGGAAGGAAGAUAGAGAGGAAGCAAGUUCAUCCGAGUACUUGGCCCUGAAAAAGCUCCAGGAAGAAACUGGAGGGCUCAUUUUUGUAGCCAGCUCUCAGCCUCCAAACCUCCAGAAAAGCCUUCUAGGCAACAUUUUGCCACAGUGGAGGAGAAAAUCCGAUUAUGCAAAAUCAAUUCCCGUUUUUUUCACUUGAAACUGGGAAAAAUGUUCCCAAUAUAUAAAACGAUUAAAUCCUAUUUGUGUAUCAAGCUCUACUUGGAAUUCUAUUAAUUAUGGAAGUGGAGGAAUAAAAAGGUAUUCAGG